AUGAAGAGAUGCCUAAACACAUUUGACAUUACGCUGCUCGGCGUCGGGCACAUGAUUGGCGCCGGAAUCUAUGUGCUAACCGGGCACGCCCUGAAAAACAUUGCUGGUCCCUCAAUCGUGCUCUCUUUUGCACUUGCCGGAUUUGCAUCCCUGCUCUCCGCACUUUGCUAUGCAGAAUUUGGGGCGAGAUUUCCCAAAGCCGGAAGCGCCUACACGUACGCUUACGUCGGUGUUGGCGAAUUUUGGGCCUUUGUGAUCGGAUGGAAUGUGGUGUUGGAGCAUAUGCUGUCGGCAGCAGCCGUCGCGAGAUCGUGGUCCGGCUACUUGAAUGCGUUGUCCAACGACUGGAUCCGGAAUACGACGCUAAAUACGAUUGGCGGGAUUCAUGUUGGUCUCUUUGGCGAGUACUGGGACAUCGUCGCCUUCCUGGUCGCCUGCUUCAUCGCGUUCUGCGUGGCCAUUGGCUCGAAGGGCUCCACAAACUUCAACAGCUUCUUCACGCUGCUCAAUUUGGGGGUAAUCGUUGUCGUCGUCGGCUUCGCCUUCAGCUAUGCUGAUUUUUCGCUGUGGAGCGGAACUACACCUGCCGGAGUUUCGAAAUUCUUCCCCUUCGGUUUUGCCGGAACUCUGGCCGGAGCCGCUUCAUGCUUCUUUGCCUUUAAUACCAAGCCAAUGCCCAAAAUUUCAGAUCCAUCUCGAGCCAUCCCACUGUCCACCUUCUACUGCAUGGCCAUCGUCACCGUUGCGUACGUAGCCAUGGCUGCCGGACUGGCAUUAAUGGUUCCAUAUACAGAUAUCGACACAAACGCCGCUUACGCCACCGCCUUCCAGCAACGUGGUUCUACCAUAGCCAAGUGGGCCGUGUCGCUGGGGGCGAUUUGUGGGAUGACGACGAGCAUGUUCGGUUCCAUGUUCUCCCUACCGCGCUGUGUGUAUGCGAUGGCGCAAGAUGGCCUCAUCUUCCGGUGGCUGGCUCAGGUCCAUGGCAAAGUUCGGGUGCCUCUAAACGCCAUCAUCGUCUUCGGCCUGAUGACAGCUAUCAUUGCCUCGCUUGUAGACGUCACAACUUUGGUCGAUUUUCUAUCGCUAGGAACCCUGCUCGCCUACUCCAUAGUAGCCGCCUGCGUCAUCAUUUUGCGAUAUCAAAGAGAGGUUCAAGAUCUUGAAGAAGAUAAUGGUGACUACUUCCGAAUAAACUUCCCGGGGAGCGCCUCGUUGGAGAAGCUGCCCAUUGAGCUGGGCAUCAACAUUGCACUUCCAAUUAUGGUGUUGGGCUUUGUCAUUUUUGGCCUGAUGUUCACCACCGGCCUCAUCGGACAUUGGUUCGCGAUCGUGAUAGCGGUACUCGCCUUGGCCAUGUCGUUGGUGAUGUUCCUCUGGAUAUGCGUGUGCAAGCAAAAUAAUGUGAAGCUGGCUUUUAAGGUGCGUUUCGUGCCGUUCGUGCCGACCCUCUCCCUCUUCAUCAACACCAUGAUGAUGCUGAACUUGCCGUGGUUGGCCUGGGUCCGGUUAGCUGUGUGGAUGACUAUAGGCAUGGCCAUCUACCUCUUCUACGGCAUGAGCCACAGUACCGAGGAGGAGGCUCGAAAAGUCGGCGACAUCGCCAGCCGGCCGCCUGUCAUCCAGGCCUUCCAGGACAACGGAAAAGUGCUAGAUAUGGAAAAGAACGGGUCUUACGACGUCUCCAGUCGACUG